UCGCAUGAAAGCAGGGGUUGAACGAGAUUCAGAUCGUGAAAUUGAACGAGUUCAUAACAUUUAAUGGUGUGGAUAUUUGUAGGUUUAUUUGCACGCUGCUCCGCUGUGCCACAUUGGUGGUUUGUCAUCUGCCCUGGCAAUGCUGAUGGUGGGAGCGUGCCAUGUCUUGAUGCCCAAGUUUGAGGCUAAAUCCGCCCUCGAAUCCAUAGAGCUACAUAGCGUGACUUCUCUGAUCACCGUUCCGGCAAUGAUGGCCAAUUUGGUUUCUAGAUUCAGGUAAAUGACGACCCUUUUUUUGUAUCACACGCAUGAAAGAACGAAUUUUUCUGUCUUUCAUAUGCAGUGCACACAUGAGUCUUGAACUGUUGUUUUUCGAAGUUCAUGUUCCGAAAUCUGUCGGGGAGAAGGAAACAUGGAAAGGGAUAGAUAGUGUGAAGAAGGUAUUAAAUGGAGGUGGAGGCUUGUCAAUUGAGCUGACCAAAGCUGCCAUUAAAUUGUUCCCAAAAGCUAAGCUUCUCUCAGCUUAUGGUAAUAAGUCUCUCUUUAUCCCAGCAGGUUCCCUCGCUCAUAUACUUAGUGCUCGUUUGGCGCCUAGGAUUGAAUUUGAUUGGAUAACUCAGGAAUGACGGAGACAUGCUCGUCGUUAACCUUCAUGACUCUGUACGAACCAACUGCUGACACCGCCGGCCAGCCGCUAAGAAUGGUUCAACAAGGAAGAGGUGUUUAUGUUGGGAAGCCUUCUCCUCACGUAGAACUGAAGAUCUCAGUUGACGGCUCUUCUCGUGUGGGGAGGAUUUUAACUAGAGGCCAGCAUGUCAUGCUCGGAUAUUGGCAUGGAAGUCCACCAAAUGCGUCAGUUUCCGGUGAUAAAGUAUGGUUUGACGCCGGUGACAUUGGAUCCACUGAUGACUCAGGUGGAGCGCACCCUGUUACAACCAGAGGCGGAGCCACAGUGGGGUCAAUGGGGUUGCACGACCCCUUGGAAGCCAUGGAAAUAACCUUAGAGGUCCCUUGGAGCUGCUGGUGCGACCCCUUGGAGCUGCUGGUGCGACCUCUUGGAGCUGCACACCACGUGUUCGAUGAAAUGUCUAAAAGAAGAAAAAGACUUCGGUUGCAGGUUGAAGAAGAAGGAAGGGCGCGCGCGCGAGAAGAAAAAGACUUCGGUUGCAGGUUCUGUGUAGAGUUUUGUUGUGUGCACCUCGUUACAGUGGCGAAGCCAGGAUUUCUCGGGGGGAGGAGCGAACUUAAAAGAAUGCAAGGUUAAAGAAAAAUGGCAACAACUAAAUCUUUUUAUAUAGUAAUGUCUUCCAUAAUUAAUCAAUACAAACAAAUUACAAUUGUUGCUGGCGAGGUUUCAUGUCAUGAAAACGUCGCAUAAUAGGCUCAUUAUCAUUCAUAAUUUCAUUCAAAAUGUGGCUUAUUACCAAUAAGUUUAGUUUAAGAUGACUUUUGACAUGCCAAUUUAUCUAUAUGUACAAUUAUACAUACACAUGAUUCUUCUAAUUCCCAACAAUUCGUAUCAAUAAUUUCACCCUAAAAAAUAAUUUCAUAAUUUGUAUUAAAUAACUAUGACAUGAAUAAUCAAUAACCAUAUCAUUUGAUUCACAUAAUUAAGGUAGGGAUUAUGCAUUUAAGAAUUAAAAAAUUUACCUUUAAAUAGUGAUUGGAGCCGGCUCAAUCUCUCAGAGGAGAGGAGAGUGGCUCACUGGCUUGUGGAACAGAAAUUAAAGAGGACUUUGUGGCUUUGGCUUGGCUGCUGGAGUUUGAGGAGCAACUUGGCUGAGAUGGAUGGUGGCCCGCUCUCUGUGUGUGUGUUGAUUAUUGGUGAAGAAGACAGAAGAGAAGGAUAGAAAAGAGUAAAGGGUGUGCAGUGUGCGGAUGGGGUGUGUGUGGGGGGUACAGACAAAAGAAGAAAGCUAGGGUUUCAUUGGGGUGACACGCGGAAGCGGUCCCCCACCCCAUUAUAAUUUUUUUUUAAAUUCAACUAUCAAAACGGCGCCGUUUUGAUUUAGUUUUUUU